ACGUACAUGGGCGCCAACGGCGACAGGCUCGGCGCCCUCAUCACCGUCUGCGCCGCCAUGGGCUUCAUCCUGUUCGGCUACGACCAGGGUGUCAUGAGCGGCAUCAUCAGCGCGCCGCAGUUCGUAAGCGUCUUCCCGGCCUGCGACCCCGUCGCCCAGGGCAGCUACAAGGCGUCCGUCCUCCAGGCCUUUUACGUCGCCAUCUACGAGAUUGGCUGCCUCGGUGGCGCCAUCUUCGCUCUCAUGUUCGGCGACCGCCUCGGCCGCAAGAAGAUGAUGUACUCGGGCGCCAUCAUCCUCAUCAUCGGCGUCGUCAUCCAGGUCACCGCUUUCCGUGGCUCGUGGGCCGGCGGUCAGUUCAUCAUCGGUCGUAUCGUCACCGGCCUCGGUACCGGCUUCGAGACGUCCACCAUCCCGACCUGGCACGCCGAGUGCGCCAAGGCUCACUCGCGUGGCUUUGCCGUCUUCAUCGAGGCCGCCAUGAUCUCGACCGGCACCAUGGUGUCGUACUGGGUCGACCUCGGGUUCUCGUUCAUCGACUCGUCGGUGUCGUGGCGCGUGCCCAUCGCGCUGCAGUGCGUGUUCGCCAUCCUCCUCAUCGUCAUGCUCUGGUGGCUCCCCGAGUCGCCGCGUUGGCUCAUCUCGAAGGGCCACAUGGUCGAGGGUCAGCGCGUCGUCGCCGCACUCGACCCGGCGCCGUUCGACAGCGAGGAGGUCAUCGUCCAGGUCAAGGUCAUCCACGACGCCCUCGAGGGCCAGCUUCGUGCCCGCAAGCGCGACCUCAUCACCAACGGCCCGAGCCAGCACUUCCGCCGCAUGCUCCUCGGCUCGUCGUCCCAGUUCUUCCAGCAGGUCGGUGGCUGCAACGCCGUCAUCUACUUCUCGACGCCCAUCUUCGAGGAGUACCUCGGCCAGGGUCGCACCAUGUCGCUCAUCCUCGGCUCGGUCCUCGCCACCGUCUACGCCCUCUCGGCGUGCAUCUCGUUCCCGCUCGUCGACAAGGCCGGUCGUCGCAAGCUGUACUACAUCGGCACCCUCGGCCAGGCCCUGUCCAUGUUCCUCAUCAUGGGCUGCCUGAUCCCGGGCAAGGACAGCAGCGCCGUCAACGGCGCCGUCGUCGGCAUCUUCCUGUUCCUCACCUUCUUCGGCUUCACGUGGCUCGAGCUCCCCUGGUUGUACCCGGCCGAGGUCAACCCGAUCAAGACCCGCACCGCCGCCAACGCCGUCUCGACGAUCAACAACUGGAUUUUCAACUUCACCGUCGUCAUGUUCACGCCGCCGUUCCUCGCCAAGACGGCCGUCGGCUGCUUUGCCUUCUUCGGGGCCAUCAACCUGUGCUUCCUCCCCGUCAUCCACUUCUACUACAUCGAGACGGCCGGCCGCUCCCUGGAGGAGAUCGACUGCAUCUUUGCGCGUGGCUACGUCGAGAAGCGCUCGUACGUCCAGGUCUCGAAGGACAUGCCGAGUCUGUCGGGUGCCGAGAUCGAGGAGGAGUACAGGCGCCUCGGCCUCGGUGACGCCGACCUUUCGUAGAGUCGUCCUCUCCCCUCUCCCUCUCCCCCUCUCUCCCCCUCCCUAGAUUCGUAUACAUAGCAUCUUAUAGAUCUAGAUGUCAUCUUAUUCUGCUCCAGGA